AUGGAUGUUUCUACUUUGAUGAUAGAUGUUGUUCAUUUGAGGACAUGGAUGAUCCAUCAAGCCAAUUUCCUUUUUCAACACUCUGUGAAACAAAGAAGAGCAAAAGGGACCCGACUUGUUCACCUUAUCCAGCGUACUGGCAAAAUUCCCGAAGCAAGAAACUCAAAAUUACUAAGAAUGGCCAGUCAUCCGUUUAUGUUUGUACUUGGAUGGUACUCAAGACGAAGAAUGACUUGCUAUGUACGUCAACGAACAAACAUGAUCCAGAGUUUCAUCCAUAUUGCUGUUUUAUAUUUCUCUUUGCUGAUAAAUGAUUUGCUAUCCGUCAGAAUGAAAGUUUCCACAAAGAGAACGUGCCAUUUUCGGAAAAAGAAAAAUUUAAAAAAGAGAGUCGACAUUUUUGUUCGCUUGUACGAGGUCGAUGGAACAGAGUUUUCGCAUGACGAGUGA